AAAAUGGCGGAGUCAAAGACGAUAGGCGUUGUGGGUAGCGCGCCAAAUGGGGUCGGGAUCGCCCAACUGCCGCGCGUACAUGGGUUCGAUGUCUGGCUUCUAGACACCGGAUCCUUUGCUCUGUUAAGAGCUAGAAAAUCUAUCAACAAUAAUAAUCGACUCAUCUCCAAGGGAACUCUCUCAAGGAAGAUGUUUGAUAGGACUGGAGGAAUUAACCCAUUUUCCUUCAGAUUAAGUAAUUUUGCAAAUAAAGAUUUUGAGAAAGUGGUCACGAUGCUUUACGGGGCGUCUAAUUAUACCACAGAUUUGGAAGAGCUGCAUAUGGCAGAUGUUGUUAUUGAGCUAUUGUGGAAUCUGAACGAUGUGAAGAAAAGUUCAUUUCUUGCACUAGAUAAAGAUUUCUCAUAUAGUUGCAUUCUGAUUCAACUGUUAAUGAACUCAAGAAAUUUCUGCGUAAUCGCCAUGCAUUUUAUGAAUCUCAUCAUAAUGAAAUUGGUCCGAAUUGUGCGUGGUGCGGAGCAAUCAGAUGAGACACUUUUUAAUGCAACCAAGCUUGGCAAGACAGUUAUAUCUCCUCAAGAAUUUUUCCGCUUCAUUGUAAACGGAUUCUAAUGCCCAAUGAUAAAUGAGCAUUUUCAUACUCUGUAAUACAGGAAGUGGCAACGAAGGAGGAUAUUGAACACUGGAAUGAAAGUUAGGCACAAACCACCGAUGGGUCUUUGGGAGCUUGCAGAUUUAUUGGAAUUGGAUGUCUGCCCUGUCAAUAAUGAAAAGUUCGUUCAUGCUGGUUUAGGCGACAGUAAUAGUGCCUGUCCUUUCCUUGUGCAGUAUGUGCAUGCAGGUCGGCUUGGACGAAAAUGUGGUAUUGGGGUAUAUGAUUAUGGUAGAGCAUCUGCACAAUAA